UUUCGCAUCACUAUUGUCAAUUGUGACUUGUGACGUCAUUUGUCACAUCGUGUUUGUUGUAUGAAGGUGAUUGUUUGAGUGUAAUUUAUUUAUUUUCACGGCAUUUUAAAUUAUUUCGGAACAUUAAUUAUUAUUGGUGACUUGUUUAUUCAGUUAAAAGAACAUACAUACCAAAUAAUAUCAAGGAUAACCUUUACUUUGUUGUGAUCUUGUGGGAUCUGUAGAUCAGAAUGGCUCAGAGGGAACGUCGCUCCAAUGCUGGGAAUCGCAUGGCAAAGCUGUUGGACGAAGAGGAGGAAGAUGAUUUCUACAAAACCACGUACGGUGGCUUUCAGGAAGUAGCUGAGGAUAACGAUUAUGUUCAAGAAAAAGAAACGGAGGAUGUGGUGGACUCCGAUUUUGAUAUUGAUGAAAAUGACGAACCGGUGUCUGAUCAGGAAACCGAUGAAAAGCAGAAAAGAAAAGUUGGCACUAAGGCAUAUAAGGAUCCCAACAGAAAGAAGAAAACAGCAGGAGCAUCAGCAGCAGUAGACAAACCAAAAAAAGUCAUUGUAAAGAAACCAAAGGAACUGAAGCCAAAAGAAGAAAAGGCUGAUAAAUCAGAAAAAUAUGCUGAUAUUUCUUUUGGGCGCAAAUCAAUCAGGCAGAGUACAGCGGUAAAGUCAGCAGAAACGCUGCAGAGAAUCAAAAUCCGGUCCGAACUGAAAAAGAAGAAACCAAAGAAAAUUGAAGAAAAGAUGCCCACACAAGAAGAAUUGCUAGAAGAAGCCCUUGUUACAGAAAAGGAAAAUUUGAAGAGCUUAGAAAGGUUUGAACAAAUUGAAUUGGAGAGGAAGAAGAUACGUCCUACAAAGAAAACGAUUACUGGUCCUGUUAUAAGAUAUCAUUCGUUUUCUGUACCGAUUUCAAAUCCAGACGAUGAAAAGACAAGUUUAACGCCGAUAGCAGAUCUCACGCUAAGUGACAUCAUCAAAAGUGAAGAAGGCUUUCUGCCAGAUGAAAAUGCAGAUGUGUCAAUGACGGAUCUGAAAACAGAAACAGACGAAUUCGCUAAGACUGAUACAAAAAUUGAUGUGGAAGUUAUCGGUCCGGAAGAUGAUUUGGAUGUUGAAUCUUUGCCUAAAGUAGAAAAGCCGGACAAACCUAAGAGCAAUCAAGUGAAACACUACGAGCGGACGUUGCUAUCUUUCGAGAAUGACAUCAAAGAUAGAGCCUUCCGCUCUUGCUUCCCCAAGAGGCCGGUCAAGAGGAGGCGAGAACUACUGUGUGCUGUCACUAAGAGGCCAGCCCGCUACAUAGACCCGAUCACCAAACUGCCGUACAGAAGCGUGGACGCGUUCAGAAUCAUUCGGGAGGCGUAUUACCAACAGCUAGAGGCUCGAGGUGACAGAUCCGACCCACAAACCGCAGCGUGGUUGCAAUGGAGGAGAGCUGAUGCUGCGUCUACAUACGUCCAGAUACAUAUCAAGUGAAACGGAGAUUAUAAUGGUUAGACUAGUUCCAUUGGCCCCAACGUUGGAUCCAUAAAGUUAAUAUACCUAUAGUCUGGUCUGUGAGCACGUAUAAUUUUGUCCAAUGACCCCAAGCUACCCAUCCUUAUCGCUCGCGCGUAAUUAUAUUGCUGUCGCGCUCGCACACUUACUGCGGGCGACCGUCGCACAGUCGCGACAGCGAUAUAAUUACGCGCGAGCGAUAAGGAUGGGUAGCUUGGGGUCAUUGGACAAAAUUCUACGUGCUCACAGACCGGGCUUUAGCGGAAUAGAGCAACAAAGAACUGAGCGAGUGAGAUGUCACUAGCACUGUGUAAUAAAAAGAGAUGCCGUCGCCGUCACGUCAAACAGAACCGUCUUUUGCAACAAUUUGACAGCUCGUUAGCACUUAUUGGCAUGCUGAAAAUAUGAACUCUGAGAUAUUUUCAGAUUUUACGUGGUGACUGGUUCAAUGAUUGAUUUAUUGUAUAAAACAGUGAAAUAAUCCUGACACUGUGACACACAAAUGACAUCCAAUGUCAUAAAAAAAAGGUUUCGUUUGACAGCUCGUGGUUGUUGCUCUAUUCUGAAGGAAUAUUAUUUUUAUGAGCUAUCGUGACUUUUAACUGUAACUGUAUAGAGCCACGCAUUGGACUAGGGACGUUGGGGUCAACGUGUGUAGCCAGCCUUAUAGUAAAUGUAAAUACGCCCAUAGAUGGCGUUGUUCAGAUGACAUCAAGUUCAAUUAUACCUUAUGUAAGUGUAACAAGUGAUAUUUUGGAACAAAAUUUACUACGCUUAUAAUGUAUUGACUGAAGAGUCCUGUUUUAGUAGAUAUGUAGUCUAGAAUCUGUAUAACUAUUGGUGAUGCGGUUGUGUAAACUAAAUAUUGAGACUUAUAUAAAACGGGACAGCAUUAAAUUCUAAUUCAAUUUAUUUUCGGCUUAUAUUUUUAGUCUCUCUGGGCUGUUUAUAUUAGUAUCAAUUAGGAUUUUGGAGUGAAUACACUUUCAUUGCAAUAUAAAGGGAUAUUUUGCAUGCUACAUAUUAUUUUUAUGAACAAAUGUAAUGUAAUAGCUUUCAGUAUUGUAAAUUAUAGACAAUUUGUAAAUAAACUGUAAAUAUCAA